UCAAAGGGUCAAAAUAGAUAAAUAUCCGCACGAUGCAUGAACUCGUCAUAAGUACUGCAAAGGGAAGAAAAGCAACAUAAAGAAAUACGCGGAGAAAAAUGGACUGCAACGUGCGUCGAUGUCUCUUUGGCCCGGUGGAUCGCGAGCAGCUACACCGAGAUCUGAAGAUGAAUCACCAUGAAUUAUUUCUAGAGGCCUGCCGGCGAUGGAACUUCGACUUCCAGAUCGACACUCCGCUUCCAGGGAUGUUUGUGUGGGAGAAGAUUUCCGGUGGCUGCACCGCCACCUUUUACCAAACCCAGCGCAAGUGCAGCGCUCCCGUCUUGGCCGCCGAUGACCAAGACAUGGAGGGAUGGAGCGCCCAGGAGAACCGACCUGGCUUCUCCAACUAUCCCGGCGAAGUAACGCCUGUCCGGGGGAAGAGGACUCGCCCCAAGUCCAAAGAAAAUGCACAGACCUUGCUGGAAAGAGGAGGACGUCUGCAGAAGGCAAACCCACAAACUUUUAUUCCAAGCGCAUCGAAGCAGCUUUGUGCAAAUCAAUAAGAUGAUCGGAUCACACUUCUGGUGGAAAGCGUCUAAAACUGACCAGAUAGUCAACCAGAUGGUUCUUUCAUGUUAUUUCCUGUAUUUUCUUUUUUGUUCAAUUUCCUCACAUUUCUUGCACUUUAUUUUUGUGUUUUUUUUUAUUUAACGUGUGCAUUUUUCUUUUUGUGGUGAGCUUUAAAAGCAUUCAAACGUUUUGUUUGUUGACAUGGUUUCUAUAAAAUAUUGAUCGUUUUAACUUGAUGACAGUAUUGUACAGUUUUGUUGCCUACUGAGGUGCAGAGCAAGUGAAGUAGCAGAUGCUUUUAAAUUUAAUAAAUUGUUGCAUCUAAAAAUUAAUAUCUGUGUGUCAUUGAUGGAAUGCUCUACUUGAGUAUGAAUAAAUGUAAUAGAUGUUUGCACACACAAAAUAUAUAGAAAAUACUUUCUACAUUUCCCUCAACUAAUUGUAUAAUUUAUAUCGAUUAUAAAACUUUUAAUAACCAAAAUCCUCUUUUUUUUUUGGUAGAACAUACAAAGGACUCCGUUUCCAGCAUAACAUUGUACUUUCUCAAUAUCAUACCCAUUAUGCACUUUGUUACAACAUUGGUGCACCAUUUUCCCCUUAAUGUACAUUCUGUCUACUGUCCCACAAUAAAAUUAAUUAGAUCCACAGUACUUGCACUUAAACAGGGGGAUGUAAACUUUUGAUGUCCACCAUAAAACAACUUGGUGAGCCUGUUGGACUGUUUAACAACUGAAAGCAAAAUACUAUAAGACCAUUUGUUAAGGUUGAAUUAUCCAUAAUUUGUUAUUUUAUAAUGCUUUUCUUUAUCAAUUAAUAUUUCAC